AUGAAUGUGGUUGACAUGGAUCUAUCGCGUCCGUCGUCAUCCGUGGUUUCGUCGCAUCGGCCUCGUAAUGGAUACCCAGUACAAGAAGAGUUUGUAAUGUCAGACGAUGAUGAACCCUAUUCAGUCCAUGAUCCAGACGAUCUUGAGUGCAGUGAGCGGAACUCUAUUACUCGUAACAAUUUGCCAUUGAUCCCAACUGAGUGUGGCAGCGUUACAGAAGCGCUGCAUAACUUUGUGGUGGUUUUUGAAUCCAGGGGCAUUUCGGAACGUCGGCCUCUUGCUUUAUAUAUUCACCAUGAUGGCAGCAUUGCCGCUAAUAUUUUCCCAUCCAAGGUCUUAUGUAGUGAUGCUGUGUCUAAUCUAUUGAGAUGUCAGUACAUUUUGUGGCCAUGGGAUAUCACUCAUAAGGAAAAUGAGGUGAAACUUCGAGAAUGGCUAGAAAUGGUAGGAAUGUCCGAGGCUCGUCGCACAUUGGAGUCAGUGGUGUAUGAUAAAGAAAAAUUUCCUCUUCUUGUUAUAAUCACCAAGGAUCGUGGCUCAUACAACGUCAAUGAUAUUUGUACUGGUAUGGACAGUGCGGAUAUUGUGAUGGAAAAGUUAAUGGCGGGUAUAGAUACAUAUACAACUAUUAGAAAUACUGAAAAAACCGAAGAGGCAGCUCGAUUGGAGAGGGAGAGAAUUAGACAAGAACAAGCACAUGAGUACGUUUUCCAUUGCUUCUCUUUUCUGUUUCUGUAA